GCUUUCAGAUUUACCAAAACAAGGGGCCCAAAAAAGAAAAUGAAGAAGAAGGAGAAGGGGGAAUUAGCGUGAAUUUUGUGCAUUUGAAGAUCAACAAGAUGUCCAAUAUUUAAAGAGAAAUGCCAAAAAUGGAAUUAUGCUCCCAGAUAUAUUUUAAUACGCUUCGGCUUAGCUUCAUAAAUUUUGUUCUUUUCUUUCAUAUUUUAUCUCUAAAUAACCCGACUCGUUGUAAUGUAACGGUUGAAAGUAGUAGUUAGUUUAGUUAGGGAGCGGUCAUCUGACAAGUGACGAUCAAAUCUUUCCUCGUACGACUCAAACUUCUAAAGAGCAAAAGCUGAAAGCGGUAGUAGGAUUGGAAUGUCGAUUCUCUUAGCUUUGUUUGUGGCUACGUUCACGCCUCUUGUCUCAUUCCUCGAAUCAACGACGGCUUUGACUUCUCAAGUCAGCACUCGGACUGCUUUGUCCGGAGACUCGCCGACGACAUGCGACUGUCUAUUCUGCGAAGUCAAGGAAGCCCAGUUUAAGCUCGCUCAAUUAGAGUCUGCACUUGUGAAAAGCUCCCAGGAUUUGAAUGCUAAAGGUCUACAUGCCAGAGAAUGUGAGAAGAAAAUUGAGGACUUGAACCUUGAGAUAGAUCUUCUAAAGACUGCUUUAAAAAGCUUUGAGGAUGUUUCCUCACAUGCAAAGGAAAAGCUUUCUGCUCUUGAAGGAGAGCUUCAACUUCUUUGGUCUGUCUCAAGGAGAAACAAUUUUGAGAUCCACACGCUUGAGCAUAGAGUACAUGAUGCUGAAAAGAGAUUAAAUGCAGUUACAUCAAAAGCGGAAAAGAUGGCUGAUAUUGUAUCUGAACAGUGGAUUCAAAUUCAGCAACUUGAACAAGCUGUUCAAAUGAUACAGGUGAGGGCAUUGAAGGUUAGAAGGCAGCUGAGGACCGCAAGAUGUCCAUUUGUGAAGUUUGUGAGAAGUUUAUUUGCUGAACGCCUUGAAAUGCUAAAGGGGAUUCUAGACCCAUAUAUAGCCACAGGAAGGUCCGUUUUGGAGAGGUCUCCACAUCAUCUGCAGAGAACCUUUUCAACAGUAGAAUAUUGCCAUCACUGGAUCUGAUUUUGGAUGGUGGUUACCAAUGAAGUAUCAAUCAACCAUAAAGAAAAUUCUUUUCCUGCGAACUUGCAAGUCAGGCCAAUAAUGUUGGAUCUUUGCUUUUGUUUUGCCUCUUAGUAUUGGGGUACUGAUAGUAAUGGAUGGUUUGGCACCUUGAGACACAGUUUUUGCUCUCUUGAUAUCACUCAUCGUAAAUUAUUUUUCUUUUGAUCCUGUUUUGGACAAAGCCUGCUUUCUUGCUCAAGUAUACAUGGUGAACUUGCUGUGACUUGGACUUGGAGUACUAUCAAAAUGAAUUGUGUUAAAAACCAUUACAAUCGACAUUUCCUCACAAGAUUUCGUUUGUUCUCUUUGAUUGAUCUAAGUGGCUUGAAAUCAACUGAAUUGGCUGGUUCUCAAGCUGAUUUUCUGCUUGUACUCUUUUCACGUCCACUUCCUAUACACGAACAGUGGCAUAUUUUGGACAGACUAAUGGCUUAAUUUCUUGCAGUAGACUGACUGGGAGGGAUUUUUGGAUGAUCUUAACACGUGUAUUAUUUAGUUACAAGGUUGUAUCAAGCAGUCAAUGUUGAGGAAUGAGUUUACUGCAGUUCUUGCUAACGACGAAGUGGUGUUUUUUCUGGUAGUUCAUUUUACUUCUAUGUUUUCAAGCUUGAUGAUGCGUUGUAGACAUGUAAUUUGUUAAUCUACUCAUCUGAAAC